GCCGGGCGGGCGGCGAUGGAUGGGCAGCCCCCGGCGGGCCCCGCCGCGCCGCGCUGGAGGCGGCGAGCGACCCCCCGCCCGCAGCCGCUGGCCUGGAGCAAGCCGCGGCCGCAGUCGUACCAGAGCCCCAGCGGAGUGCUCGUCACCGACUUCCCCGUGGAGGACAGGUGCGCCUUCUCCGUGACUCAGCCCGCCGGCACCGGCACCCCCUCGCCCGGCAGCCCCGCCAUGGGAUCGGUGUCCAACGGGACCGUGCGGCCGCCGGGCUCCCCCGCGCUGUCCCCGGAGCGGCGCUCCCGGGUGCUCGCCCUGGCUCCGGACAGCCCCGUCGGUUCGACCGCCAACGGCACCAUCUCCCCGCCGGGCAGCGGGCAGGCCCGCCGGCCGCGGCCGCCCAGGACCGCGGGGCUGGCCCCGCAGCAGGAGUGGAUCGUGUUCGGAGCCAGCGCUCAGCCCGCACCGUGCCCCGGGGCUGCCGAGCCCCCGGAGCCGCCGGGUGGAUCCCCCGGGAGCGGCCGGGCUGCCGAGCCCCCGGAGGUGCCGGGUGGAUCCCCCGGGAGCGGCCGGGCUGCCGGGCCCCCGGAGGUGCCGGGGGGCUCCCCCGGGCGCGGCCGGGCUGCCGGGCCCCCGGAGGUGCCGGGGGGCUCCCCCGGGCGCGGGCCGCCGGCCGUGCCGGGCGCGGAGCCCCCCGCGCUGCUGAGCACGCACAGCCCCGCGGCGCGCAGAGUGGGCUCGCAGCAGCUGAUCCCCCGCAGCCUGGCCGAGAGCCGGCCCCCGGGCCGCGCCCAGGGCCACGAGCGGGGCCUCAAGGUGCGCAGCCUGGUGGAGACCCCCCGGCCGCCCCCGGGCAGCGACCCCGAGGACGAGCCCGAGGGCGGCCCGGGCGCGCUGCGGCGCGGGCUGCGCUCCACGUCCUACCGCCGGGCCGUGGUCAGCGGCGUGGACCUGGACGGCUCCGCCAACUGCAAGAAGAAAAACAGAAUGUCCCAGCCCAUCCUGAAAGCGGUGGUUGAAGAUAAAGAGAAGUUCUCGAGCCUGGGGAGGAUAAAGAAGAUGCUGAAAGGACAAGGGACAUUCGAUGGGGAAGAAAAUGCUGUAUUAUAUCAGAACUAUAAGGAAAAAGCUCUGGACAUAGAUUCUGAUGAAGAGUCUGAGCCCCAAGAGCAGAAGUUGGAUGACAAGGUUGUUUUUCACUAUAAGCCCCUGAGGUCAACGUGGAGCCAGCUCUCUGUGGUGAAGAAGAAUGGCCUGUCAGAAGCCAUCAGCCAGGAGGAAAGGAAGAGACAGGAGGCAAUAUUUGAGGUGAUAUCUUCUGAGCACUCCUAUUUGCUGAGCCUGGAGAUUCUGAUCCGGAUGUUUAAAAAUUCCAGGGAACUGAGCCUCACAAUGACCAAAACAGAGAGCCACCACCUCUUCUCCAACAUCACAGAUGUUUAUGAGGCAAGCAAAAAGUUCUUUGAAGAGCUGGAGGCCAGGCACCAGAGCAACAUUUUCAUCGAGGACAUCAGCGACAUCGUGGCGAGGCACGCGGGCUCCACCUUCGACCCCUACGUGAAGUACUGCACCAACGAGGUGUACCAGCAGCGCACCCUGCAGAGACUGCUAGCCACAAACCCAGCCUUUAAGGAGGUGCUGUCCCGGAUCGAGUCCCACGAGGAUUGCCGGAACCUGCCCAUGAUCUCCUUCCUCAUCCUCCCCAUGCAGAGAGUCACUCGUCUGCCCUUGCUGAUGGAUACUAUUUGCCAGAAAACCCCAAAAGAUUCAGCAAAAUAUGAGAACUGCAAGCAGGCUCUGAAAGAAGUCAGCAAGCUCGUGCGUCUGUGCAACGAGGGCGCCCGCAAGAUGGAGAGGACGGAGAUGAUGUACACCAUUAACUCCCAGCUGGAAUUCAAAAUCAAGCCAUUUCCAUUGGUUUCCUCUUCUCGGUGGUUGGUGAAAAGGGGUGAAUUAACAGCAUAUGUAGAAGACACUGGACUUUUUUCCAAAAGAACCUCUAAGCAGCAGGUUUACUUUUUCCUCUUCAAUGAUGUCCUCAUCAUCACCAAGAAGAAGAGUGAGGAGAGUUACAACGUGACGGAGCACUCGCUGCGGGAGCAGCUGCUGGUGCUGCCCUGUGACGGGGAGGAGCCCGGCCCCGGCUCCUCUCCCGGGAAGAGCGCGGCGGGGAUGCUGCACCCCGGCAGGAGCUCUGCACCCCACCUCUUCAGGCUCGUGCUGCUCAGCAACCACGCCGGGGACAGGGUGGAGAUGCUCCUGGGAGCAGAGACGCAGAGUGACAGAGCCCGCUGGAUCAGAGCGCUGGGCCAGGACAGCGACGGGCAGCACACGGACAGGACCACACUGGCCCAGGUGGAGACCAUCAGAACGUACACAGCCAAGCAGGCCGAUGAGCUCUCUCUGCAAGUCGCUGAUGUCGUUCUGGUUUAUCAAAAAGUGAAUGAUGGCUGGUACGAGGGGGAGCGCCUGCGGGACGGCCAGAGGGGCUGGUUCCCCUCGGAGUGUGCCAGGGAGAUCACCUGCAGGGCCACCCUGGACAAGAACAUGGAGCGCAUGGGGCGCCUGCUGGGGCUGGAAACCAACGUGUAGCCUGCUCCUCACCCCAGCUGGGGCUGCUCUGGGACAGGGGACAGCAGAGCCACAGCCCAGCCAGCAGCAUGCUGGAGACUCAGGAUCCCUGCUCUGACCGCUCCGAGCUGAGCCCUGGCCCCAGCAGCAGCACCUUGCAGCAUUGUCCUGGGCCCUCUUGCAGCUCCUGCCUCCUUACGCCCUUGCUCCAUCUGGUUUUGAGCAUCUGAAGUUGUUUCCAGCAGUCUGGGUGUCCUGCUCCUGAGGAGCUGCAGCCCCAGACCCUGUGCCACGGGACACUUGCCCUCGUGUCAGCAGCCCUGGCCCCUGAACUCGAGUGCCAGCUCUGCCCUCUGUGAAGGCUGGCCUCCCUCUCCAGGGCAGGUGCAGGGCUGGCCCCAGCCUGGCACAGGCAGAGCUGGCACCACCUCGUGAGGACUCUGCAGCUGCACCUCCCUGAGGCUGCUCAGACUGCUCCAAGGUCUGCUGUGGGCAAAGGAUUCCUGCAAGCCAGAAAAAGGUACCAGGCUCUGCAGAGCAGGUGCUGCUGCUCCAUCCUAGCACAGGGAUUUUACUGCACAGUAACUGCUGGCAGCAGGGGCGGUUGUUUCUGGUUCCCUCAGCUGUUGACUGAGGUCCUGCACUUCCCUUAGUGCUUCAGAACAGCACUCAGGUGAUGAGGAGAACAUGAACUGCACUCCCUGCUCUGGGAACACAUGCCCUCGUGGCUGAGCAGAGUUCAGGGCAGGUGGCUGGAGAGAGGUGUGAGUGUGGAUGAGAAAACCCCUCCUUUUUAAGGACCAGCUGCUGCCUCAGCAGUGUAGAAACAGGGGACAACUUGUACUACCAAGGCUUUCUUCCUGUUGCCUUCCCCAGCCUCUGCUGGUUUUUAUGCUGCAAGAUGCUGAUUUGAGUGGUGAGUGAAUUGAGUGUUUGUAAAGAUGUGUAGCUCUAAUAAUUUAAACUACAUUAGCAAGGCAGUAAUUUUGUACAAAAAUACUCACCUGAACAGUGUGACAGUGGUUAUACAGCCCUGCAAAUUAAUUUAUAAGUGGACUGAUAAAAUAGUAAUGAAACUGUAAAUUGAACAAAGACUUAUUUAACAUAGUAAAAACACUGCUACUGUUUUAACGAAUUUUACUGUACACGUGUGGAUGUUUAACACAUAACUGAAUGUAUAAAUCCAGGCAUUAAUUUUAUUCAGAUUUUUUUAAUGCACUGUAUAUAUUUUUCAUACCUAGUUUUUCCAAAAAUGCUGUAAUGUUUUGUAAAGACAUUUUUCAUUUUUCCUAUUGUUGGACACAAUUCUUCAGGAAUUAAAAGACUUCUGUGAUUUUAUAGGACAACAAUCAAUAAAGUGCUUUUAAAUCCUUACUAAAAAAA